CUAUAGCAACUGGUUGCCACGGGCGACGAGACACAGCCAGCAUCCUCGCAGUCGUCGUGGAGGCAGAGCGGAGAGAAGGCGCGGCGCGAGCAGAGCAGCAGAGGAAGACGUGUUCUCGCCAAAAUAAAACCCCGAAGAAAUAAAACACAAAGCGUCCAAUCAGACGGCUGGAGUCUCCUGCUUCUGCUGCCCACCUCUGGAGAGGAGACGAGAGGAGGAGAGGAGGAGAGGAUGCUGACAACUUGUUCUGCCUGGAAAGUGUUGCUUCAGCUCUCGGCUGUGUUGGAGUGCAGGCGGUGACCCCGACGCCGCCAACGAGACCGACCGCCGCCGCCGCUGCAGCUGCUGCUGCUGCUGCUGCUGCUGCUGCUGCUGCUGCAGGAAGAAGAAGAAGAAUGUCUCUGGUUGGACAGAAGAAGCCGAUCCUUUAAACGUCCGUCGUAACAUGGCCGACGACCUCUACAGCAGCACCUUCUCUGCUUCUGAAUCAGACUUCUCCUCUUCCUCUUCCUCUUCCUCCUCCUCCUCUUCUUCCGCGGCCACCUCCUUCCUCACGCUUGAGCAGCGAGCGGCCUUCAUCUUCGUCCUCAUCCUCUUCAUCUUCCUGGGCCUGCUGAUCGUGCGCUGCUUCCGGAUCCUCCUGGACCCGUAUCGCAGCAUGCCGUCCUCCACCUGGACCGACUACAUGGAGAAGGACACCUUCGACUACCGGAUUUCCUGACAGGCAGCCUGAGAGGCGGCGACCCCGAUGACCGACACGGUUGAGCUGAGGCGACGAUCACGCUGACGGAGCAAAAGCAGAGGCACAAGCGCACAAUCCCCCUCUCUGGUGGUCGCUACAGGCGAGCGACCAGACCAGCAGACAGCAUGAUUGGGAAGUUACUCCCAAGUUUAAAAAACGUGGUUUUAUUCUUCAGAACAAGUUUCUCUUUACGAGUAUCCACGACAAAAUCAAGCUAAGACUUUCAACUCGACUUAAACACUGAGGAUUAAGGAAUCAUAUUACGGCCGUGAAGUUCUUAAUAUUCUAGAAAUUAUCGUAAAAAUCAUAAUUUUUCAGUCCUACAGAAGCCAGUGACGUUGCUCCGAUCAACAAAAUCGUACAUCGAUAACUCGAAAUAAUAGAUUGUUUGAUUCGAGAGCAUCAAAUCAAACCUGAAGCUUGAAAAACCUGCUUCAAAUAUCUAAAAAUAAUCAAAGUGUUUCAAAUGUAAACAGUCAAAGCUUCAGUUAAACUGUUGGUAAAAGAAGAUAAGAUAAUAUUAGCUACCAGCUAGCAUUAAGCUGUUAAGCCUUAAAAUUGAUGAACAGUCAACACAGCGUAAAAAAUAAGAACAGAUUUAUCCGACAUUAAAUUUCCUAAAUUAAUUGAUUAUUAGUAAAGUUAGCCUGAUGUUUCUUUGACUUGACUAAACUUUAACAUUAAAAUCAAAUUGAAUCAUCACAAUGAGUCGGUUCUGGAAAAGCAACUGUUUGGGGGGAAAAGUGUGCCUUGUGUGUUUUGUUUUUUUUUCUGCUUCCUGUCUGAUUGUCGCCUCAGUCCGCCCGGCAGGCAGGACAUCUGGCAAAGACAAACCACAGCUUCUAUAAACAGAGUUUGAAUCGCUUUUGAAUGAAAGAAUUUAACCACAAUUACUCGUUAAGAUGUGAAGAGAUAAUCAAAGACGAACUUCAUUUUAAAUGACGUUUCACAAAAGCAGAUUUUAAGCAUCACGCUGAUGACAAACAGCGACGUCAUCGUGUUUCACAAAAUAUCGGCGCCACAAAUUCCAGUCCAGCAGAGCUCGUCUUUUGACGACUGAAAUAUGUCACAGCAAACGAAAUCAUGAGACAAAUGGAAUCAAAAAUAUUAAUUAAUGGAUACUUGGGUCAAUUUGAACAAUCUUUGUUUGUAAAAUCAACUUCCUGUUUGUGGCUGUGAGUUUUGCCCAGAUUUGAAGUUUGUAGGUUUCCCUCCUCUCUGACAGCAGCAAUGCAGUGAGAAGUGCAUAUAUAUAUAUAUAUAU